AGCGGGGAGCCGAGCCCGGCCGCCGAGCCCCCAGGCCCCCCGGCAUGGCCGCCCCGCUGCUCACCGAGGGCACCGUGGACGCGGCGGGGCAGAGCCUCUUCUACCGGCAGGCCCAACCGGGCGGGCGGGCCCCGCGGCUGAGCGUGCUGCUGCUGCACGGCAUCCGCUUCUCCUCCGACACCUGGCUCCAGCUGCAGACGCUGGCCGUGCUGGCUGACGCCGGCCACCGAGCCGUGGCCAUCGACCUGCCCGGGCUGGGGCGCUCCAAGGACGCCGUGGCCCCCGCGCCUGUGGGGCAGCCGGCACCGGGGGAUUUCCUGAAGGCCGUCGUGGAGGCGCUGAGCCUCGGUCCGGCCGUGGUGGUCAGCCCCUCGCUCAGCGGCAUGUACUCCUUGCCUUUCCUCUUCCAGCACGGGCACCUGGUGAAAGCCUACGUGCCCGUGGCACCCAUCUGCACCGACAAGUUCCCGGUGGAGCAGUACGCCCAGACCAAAACACCCACGCUGAUCGUGUACGGGGACCAGGACGCGGAGCUGGGCCAGGCCAGCCUGAGCAACCUGCGGCACCUCCCUGAGCACCAGGUGCUGGUGCUGCAGGGCGCCGGGCACGCCUGCUACCUGGACAAGCCCGAGGAGUGGCACCGCGGGCUCCUGGCCUUCCUGCAGCAGCUGGAGUGAGCGGGAUGGGGCACGGGGCCAGCGGGGCAGCCUGGCACCGCCACCCCACCGCCCACCGGGACCAAAUAAAGCCGCGAGCUUUGCUGCUGCC